AUGGAGUCCGUACGCCAGUCAUGCCGGCCCAAGCACCAGGUCUUGACCUUGAAAUGUUAUCCAAAGUACCAAAAGGGAGUGGCGGAAGUCAGGCCGAAUCCCAGUGAACUCUCCUACCUGCUAUACUAUACCAGCACGCGCCGCAGUAAGCUGACCAAGGUCGGCGCGUUCCUGGAGAAGAGAGUGGCUCGAGAUGUCUGGAGACGCAGAUUAGGAAAUGUCCAGGUGGCGCUUCAUAUCCUGGCCGCACUCAUCGAAAAAGUCCCCCGCGAUCUUCCAAUCUACGCUCGGUCUGUCAUGACCGUGAUCGAAACGGUUCUGCGAUCAAAUGACAUAACCAUGGUGGAGGAAUCAAUUGUGCCCUUUGAAAUGUUCUGCAGGCAUCAGGACAUUGCGGCCAUUGCGGCGGACCAAAGUCUUGCUCUUCAAUAUCGAGAAGUUGUCCGGACAUACGCCAGCUUAGCGGAUCCGGCCUUUGUCUCCAACUCAAAUGCAAAAUUCAGCCCGCAAGUGGCUAUUCGGUGGAGGAACGCGGGACUACGAGCUAUCAGAAGCGUGGUCAGCUCAGAGAGCCUUGCUGCGGACGGUGGCACUUCGCUGAAAUUGUGCCUGCCAGUCAUUCUGGAGAACCUGUACUCGGGGGAUGAGGACUUGCUCGCCUCGCUCAAGUUGAGGCUACAAGAGGCUGACACAAAUGAGCGGGAGGGAAACAAGCCUCGCCGCAUGAGUGUGAACACUGUCCACACCGUGGACACAGCGGAGGGGGAUCCAGAGCUUGCAGCACGCUCUGCGGAUGAUGCAGAUCGAAAAGCAGAGAUGGACGCUCGACUCAUGGCCCUUCGCUGCCUCGAGCAGAUCAUUGUCUCGGGGAGCAAUCGCGGUCAGAUCCGCAUUGCAGUCACAGUCAUUUUGCGCUUCAUAUCAACCAAGGGUUUCCCGCAAUGUGAAAAGCAAAAUGGAUUGAGCUCGGCCAAGAACGGAAACUGGGCGACCUCUCUGAUCGAACUCAUUGCGAACUGGUGCCCGGUGCAGGUCCGCUUUAUUAUUCUCAUCACGGCCAUGGAGAUCCUGCACGAUACAAGCCCCAAGGAGGAUGCCCUAGAGUCGGCAUUCACUAUUCUCUCUGUGGUGGAUUGGUUGCUAAGAUCAUCCGUGAACAUGAUUGGUCUCAGCGUCAUGGAUAUUCUUUUCGGUCUCAUGCAUUAUGCUUCUGAUAUCCUUUCUCCUCCGGGUCGUACGGAGUCUGCAGACUCAGAAAAGAAGCCCAAUGGUCAGAUUGACAUAGUCAUCUCCUCCCAAAGACAUGACCUUCUCACACUGCUAGAGCAGACCAUUGGAGACCUCGCAACACAUAUUUACUAUGGUGAUCAAGUCGCUGAUAUGAUGCGGGCGAUCCUCAAGCGCUUCAAGCCUGCGUCCCUGCAUGAUAGCACCGCGCAAUCUACGUUGGCUACUGUUCACGAGUCUGGAGUGGCAUACAUUGACUCAAACUCAGCCUCAGAUUCCAACGGAGACAAAGCCUCAGGAGAAACCUUUUCGCAUGCCGCCGCCAAACUGACUGCCCUUCGAUCCGUCAAGUCUAUAUUGGUUGUAGCAAAUCUCAGGACACCUUCAACCAUGUCCGGGGCGGAAUCUAGACACCCAGUCGGUAUUCAUGUGUGGGAGGGCACCCAAGGCCUCUUGCGCGAUGCAGACCGGGCUGUUCGCUAUGCCUACACUGACGCUUUCCUCUCAUGGUUGACCUUUGAAACCAACAAGAACGAUCUCAAGGCACGAGUUGAUGUGCCGAAAUUCAUCAAAACGGGAUCGAAGCGAGAGUCCGAGCAGAUUGAUAAGCAAACCCGACGAAGCACUUCUGCUCCUGGUAACCAGCGAGAAACAGUGGCGAUGGCAGCACAGUCAAACUUCCUCCGCUUACUGCAUUUGGCUAUCUAUGAUGCUGCUCUCGAGGGAGCCGCUGAUGAGUCGGAGAUUCUCCUUCUUCAUCUGCUUCUAACAAAUCUUGUGCAAAACCUCGGAGUGAACGCUGCUCAAUUUGGGUUCCCUAUGGUCCUCAAGUUACAAGAAGACAUGUUCACUUCUAUGGAGUUAAGUUCCUUCGCGGCUCGCGUCAACACCGGAAGCUUGGUCCAUGGGUAUCUUCUUGCACUCUCCGAGAAGUUUGAAAUGGACACUACCCCCGUUGGAGCUGAAAUCACCAAGGAAAUUCAGGGGCGAGUGGACAAGGGUCACUGGCUCUCCAAAGUCCGCGUGCCUCCAGUUGGUCUCGGUGGUAUUGAUUUCGACAAAGAGAAGAGAGACGUCAACACCUCCACUUCCUUGCCUUCAUUGACAACUUUCCGCAAUGUUGAAGGACUCAUCUAUCUGAUUGACGAGUCUUACCGCCAGUCAAUCUCAUCCCCGCCUCAAAGCCCCCCAACAUCACCUGCACGAGGAUUUACAUUCCCUGUUCUUGGGCACCCAACCGCCCAACUGCAGGUUGAGGGUGGACUUCCGUCCCCCGUGAAAGAUCAGUUGGCGUCUCCAUGGUCUCGUGAGGCUUGCUUGGCAGAGGUUGAAAAGGAAAGCGCGAAGGCCUUAUCAAUCAACGGAUCUCGAGUCGGUACCCUCAACACUCGCACCAACCAAACCAACGGGGUCGUGAAUGGCUCGCCUGCUGGCUCGGGCUCUCGCGACAACCACCGCACGAAUAUUCCUGAUAUUUCGACCUCAUCAGCUCCUAGUUCGAGCCGAGGAUCUCCCGUUCGCGUCAAUGAGCUCCGUCGCGUACUCUCGGUCACCAAUGACUCCCAUGCUCGACGUCUCAGCCCGCUGCGGGGACGACUUGACGCAUCAAAUGCUAGUAUCAUCUCCUCGGGAAGCGAUAGUAUGGUCAGCGGUGCCUUCUCUGUUUCUGAGAUGGAAGACGGCGUCUCCACCCAACAACCAGACGGUCAACAAGCGCCUGGUGACGAUGGCACUGACACACCUCGCGCUUCGGCGGCAAACUUCGUUUUUUCGGAUGAUAGCCCCUCAGACCAACCUCCCAAUGCACGCUCCCUGAGCCGUGUUAACUCAGACGAGCAAAUUCCCCCAGUACCUCCUAUCCCCGUCAAACUGUCAAUCCCAGGAGGUUUUCCGAAUGAUUCUCAGCGAUCAUUGCUUUCAUACGAUCGCCCAUCCACCGCACCAGGUCCCUCGCGAGAGUCUUCAGUGAAAGAUAAAGCUGACGCAGCUUCCGGUUCCCUCAGACCCAAGUAUUUGGACCGCAAUAAGAGCCGAUCCAGUAACAAUCUUGCCGACAAUGGAAUUCCAGAACUGACGACAGACUACGAAUCCAACGCCCUAGAUGGCAGUCACCAAGAUCAACUGCGGAAACUCCUCGAUGGGUUCCUUUCACCUGACGAUGCCACAGCGACGAAUGGAACUCGUCCAACAACUGCCAUCUCUUCCAAGGGGCCAAUGGGCAGAAGUGCCAGCAGACGACAGGUCAGCGGUGGCCUCGGACGUCCUCCAUAUUGA